AUGAAAUCGAUCAAUAGUGGACAAAGUGGAGCGGGAGAUGGGGGCUUUUUUGGAGGCGUAACGCAAGAGGGCGUCGGUUCCUUACGCCACGUGCGAUCCUUGUCCAUCCGCUAUUUCCAAGCUGCCGCUAUUGUGCGCCAGGUAGGGAACCACCCGCAUUUCAAAGUCUGGUGCACAUGUCUGGACACUCCCGCGUGCAAACAACUUCCUUCUCCACAGCAACAUCUGGUGAGGUUUUUGGCAACCGCUUCCACUCCAUUCCGCACGCACAGGGGAAGGACGCGAGCCCGCACCCAACUCCCACUAGCUCCCGCAUUGAUCACUUUUUGGGGGUCCAGAGACGGGACAUGUUGUAGCAGAUAUGGCCUCAGCACAGAAGCGAAGACAGGUUGGCCGAGAGCCACGAAUAACCCUGCGCUGAAUGCCUGCCGAAAUAUAAUCACCGUCGUGCCUAACGGAAUUGUCGCACGUGUCUCACGCGAUAUCAUACCCAUGUACUGCACUAUUCACUCAUUAGGCAUAGCUCCUAUCUCGUACAGUAUACAGUCAGCUCAGAGCUCUAUUGAGCUCCUCAGACCUUACAAUACACUUGUUUAA